GAGUCUUUUGUAGCUAAGAUACAUUUUUUCCUGCAAAGAUUUCCCACCUCCUUGGAGAACACAGGCUCUGGAAGUCUCCAGCCACCUUGAGUCUGUGACCCCCUGAAAGCAUGGACCAGCUGGACCUGCUGGGGUUCCUCGUCAUCACCCUAAACUGCAACGUGACCAUGGUGGGGAAGGUCUGGCUUAUCUUCAUGGUGCUGCUGAGGAUGGGGGUGCUCAUCCUGGCCGGGUCGCCGGUCUACCAGGAUGAGCAGGAGAGGUUCGUGUGCAAUACUCUGCAGCCCGGAUGCGCCAACGUUUGCUACGACAUCUUCGCCCCCGUGUCCCACCUGCGGUUCUGGCUGAUCCAGAGCGUGUCUGUUCUGCUUCCAUCCGCCGUCUUCAGUGUCUACGUGCUGCACAAAGGAGCCGAGCUGGCGGCACGUGGAUCCUGCUGGCUGGAUGAUGACUCGGAGGACCACGACGGCCCUGAACUGACCCCGGGGGCCAGGCGCUGCCUGACGGUGCCGGACUUCUCCUCGGGCUACGUGGUCCACCUCUGCCUCCGGACCCUGACGGAGGCAGCUUUCGGUGCCCUGCAUUACCUCCUCUUCGGAUUCUUGGUCCCCAAGAGAUUCUCGUGCACGCACCCUCCUUGCACCAGCGUGGUGGACUGUUACGUCUCUCGGCCCACGGAGAAGUCCAUCCUGAUGCUUUUCGUCUGGGCGGUCUGCGCGCUGUCCUUGUUGCUCAGUGUCGCCGACCUGGUCUGCAGCGUGCGCUGGGAGACGCGCAGGCGACACGGCGGGGCCCGGAGGAGGCCUUGUCAAGGGGCGGGGAGUGCGGCGCGGGAGGGACACAGGGCGCCCGAGGGACGUGGGGCGCGCGCUCGCCGGGGCCUGCGGACUGGAGGGCAGGGCGCGUACAGCCCCGCAGCGGAGCCCACCGAGCCGGGACACCCGGAUCUGCCAGGGGAGGACGAGAGCGACGCGCUGUCCUCUGCCAGCGACCAGCCGCGCGGGGCCGGGCCGGGAGCGGCGGCCCCGGGGUGGGAGGAGCGCCCCUGCGCGCCAAGCGCCACGCUCCCGGGCCCCAGCAAGUCCGAGUGGGUGUGAGCGGCCGGCGUCCCUCCCCGGGAGCGCGGCGACCAGGACCGAGAACAUCGACCUGCAGAAAGGUGAGCUGGCGGGACAGACCGACUUCCCAAGAGGCUCCGGUGCAGCGCAGCAGGGAUUUAAUUUAGAUGAAGCCUUCUGGGGAACCCUGCACUUGGCGUGCAAAUGCGGAUGGAAGCUCCAAGGAUUAACCGGCGAGCAUCAGGUCCAUGAGUUUGUCGCACUCUAGUUCUAUUGUCUUAUUUUACCGCAGUAUGGGCUUGAAAAGCCCGUUCUUUGGAUUUACAGAGCUCAUGAAUAUUUUAAUGUUUUCGGGUGGAUUAUUU